GUAGCCGCUAGGACAUUUGCUUUAAGUGCAACGCGUUGUUUUCUAAGCGUGAAAGUGGGAGGUCUGUUGAGGUCUGGCAACCUACCGCGAGGUCUCGGCAGUAACACGCAGGUCUGGUCAUACAAAGUCCGGCGUGUUAGCGUUACACUUGUAUCAGGGAUUGCGACCAGUCAUGGCUGAUGAGGGAUAUGUGGUGCGUAUCAGGGGUCUCCCGUGGUCCUGCUCAGUGGAUGAAGUUCAGAGGUUUUUCUCAGAUUGCAAAAUUAUCAACAAUGGCGGUGGUAUUCACUUCACGUACACAAGAGAAGGACGUCCCAGUGGAGAAGCAUUUGUUGAGCUGGAAACAGAGGAAGACCUGAAGAUUGCGGUGAAGAAGGACAGAGAAACUAUGGGUCACCGAUACGUGGAAGUGUUUAAAUCCAACAACGUUGAAAUGGACUGGGUCAUGAAGCACACUGGCCCCAACUGUCCAGAGACAGCAGGAGAUGGGCUUGUCCGACUCAGAGGCCUUCCAUUUGGCUGCAGCAAAGAGGAAAUAGUGCAGUUUUUCUCCGGGUUGGAAAUCGUGCCAAAUGGGAUAACAUUGCCGGUGGACAUCCAGGGGAGGAGUACGGGGGAGGCCUUCGUGCAGUUUGCUUCACAGGAUAUAGCUGAAAAGGCUCUAAAGAAACACAAGGAAAGAAUAGGGCACAGGUACAUUGAGAUCUUCAAGAGUAGCCGUGCUGAGGUGCGGACCCAUUACGAACCUCAGCGGAAGCCCAUGGGCAUGCAGAGACCUGGCCCCUAUGACCGGCCCUCUGGCGGUCGUGGCUACAACAUGAUGGGUCGAGGGGGAUCUUAUGACAGAAUGCGACGUGGCGGCUAUGGAGGAGGUGUAUCGGACGGACGGUACGGAGAUGGCGGCUCGUCAUUCCAGAGCACAACAGGCCACUGUGUCCAUAUGAGGGGUCUCCCAUACAGAGCGACAGAGACUGACAUCUACAAUUUCUUCUCCCCACUGAAUCCAGUGCGGGUACAUAUAGAAAUCGGUCCAGAUGGCAGGGUAACCGGGGAGGCAGACGUUGAGUUCGCAACACAUGAGGAUGCGGUGGCGGCCAUGUCCAAAGACAAAGCUAACAUGCAGCACCGCUAUGUGGAGCUUUUCUUGAACUCAACAGCAGGUGGUAGUAAUGGUGCGUACGGCAGUCAGAUGAUGGGAGGCAUGGGCAAUCAGUCAUCUUACAGUGGUGGCCAGUUGAGCUCAGGGUACUCUGGUGGAUACAGCAGCCAGGGAAACAUGGGGGGCUACAGUGACUACAUUAGGUAACCAGGGCGGAAUGGGAAGCAGUUACUAUGGUGGCGGAGGAGGAGGAGGAAGCAGAGGUUCUAUGAAUGGACUGGGAGGGGGAUGGGGAAUGUAAUUUUGUUCACCCAAAUUUGACAUUUUUGGUUCUGUUUUUUUUUUUACACUCAGCAUUUUGCUGGAAGGACUGGAAACGCUGAUACUCAUCACUAAGCAUAGGGCAGGUUCACAUGAGGCUUUGAAAAUGCUGAAAGGCAGGGUUUGUAAGUUUUUUUUAAGUGGAUGAUCUUCAGAGAAGUGAGAUCAUCUGGUGUCAUAAGUGUGUGAGAUACGCUGCUCGUCUUCCCCAUUCCUCAAACUGUACCAAGUUUUGUGUUUUCGUUCUCCAAACACACGGCUGUUCAAGAUUAACUCAUCCUGUGCUUGUGGGUUUAACAUGGGUUACAGUGUCUGAGUGCAUGAACAAAAAGUCUGAAACUGUCAGGUAUGUGAGGAUUAGACUUUGUUUCAUCUUUGUAGUGUUUAGCUUUUUAUUUCUCAUUAAAAUGUAAAAAUCUGACUUUGAGACAGCAUGUUUGUUUUCUUAAGGCGUGACUGUUAAGGCAGUUUUUUCUGAUUGAAAGAUUUAUCAAAGCAAAUUUCACAUCUGACAUGAAGGUUUCUACUGCUUCAAAUGCUCUUUGUAUUUCCUGUGCACAAAAUUAAUAAAACUAGUCUGGAAUAUCUAAUUUAA